AUGUCACGUGGAUCUCAUAUGCCUCUCAACAGCAGCAGACGCUGGUGCAGCUGCAGCAAUCUGGCCAGGAUCACAAUGCAACCAAAGCAACGUUGUGUUGCAUCUUUCUGCAACACUAGCUUUCCGCGUGUCUCAGGGACACACAAUGAAACUUUGUCAUUAAAACGUCAGAAUCGAAAGUCUUUGACCACAAUGAAUGAGAAAAUCAAUGUUCAAGAUCUACUCCGCACUCAAGGAGAUCGACACGUGGACACAAUACGUGUUGACAAGUUGAUUCGUCAACUAGGUAUCGGGACGGGUACCGAGGGUUUUGAAUGGCACGAUUGUCAACCGUGGUUGCGGAUUCAGAACACUUUGGUGAAUGUUAUCUUGUGUAAGGACAACUACAAUAUUACGGAAACCAUGCAGGACGUUCGUUCGCUUGUUGGAAGCAACCUGGAAUCACACAUUCCGGCCUAUUGUGAAAAAAAGGUAUUUCCAAUUACAAUGCGCAUCCUUCGAAAACCCCUGCAGGGUCUUCAAGGGGAGGAGUUGCUCAAGAAACUUGGUGAAGUUUGGCGAACAUUCUUCACUUUUACGAUUCCAACAAUUAGUCUAAUGUUUGCUCUACUUCCGACGGCUCACCACAUAUUCGAGUCCAUUUUACUGCAGGCAUUUCUGACCGAGAUCGUCGAAAAACUGUACGCUGUUGAUGCAAUUGUUCAAAGUGAAGAAAUUGAUGUCUGGAUAGAACACAUGUAUUCAGUUCUUUUGACAUUCUGUAAUGAAAAUGGGUCACCAGAAGUUGGUAGCAAACCGCCAUCCAUCUUUGAAUUGCGUGGAACAUAUAUCGCAUUCGGAGAAAAUGAAUACACACAUAGAUUCUGA